AUUUUUCUUUCAUGUUCAUUCCCCACAGGAAACAGCAGUGAGCCGGUGUGGAAACAACAGCCUGUACCUGCUCUUUUUGGACGCAUUGACAGCGCCUGGGUGGAGGGAUGUUUGACGCGCUGCAUGAGUGGUUUUGGUGGGACAGAAUCUGGCUGCCUGUGAACCUGACGUGGGCUGACCUUGAAGACAGGGAGGGCCGGGUCUAUGCCAAAGCCUCACAUCUCUAUGUCACUGUCCCCUACGCAAUUGUCUUCCUACUUAUCCGAUACCUGUUUGAAAGGUGGAUAGCAACACCAGUUGCAGUCUCUGCUGGGAUUAAGCACAGAGUUCAUCUGAAAGCAGAGGACAACCCCAUUCUGGAGCUUUACUACAUUACUCAGCGUAGGAAUCCUUCUCAGGCAGACAUUGCUGGGCUGUCUAAGAAAAGCAGUUUGUCAGUGAGACAGGUUGAACGCUGGUUCAGAAGAAGACGUUGUCAGGACCUUCCCGGAGUCCUGAAAAAGUUCAAAGAGGCCAGUUGGAGGUUUUUCUUCUACCUGUCUGCAUUCAUUGGAGGAAUAGUAGCACUGUACGAUAAAGAAUGGUUUUAUGACACUCGGAAAGUAUGGACAGGUUUUCCAAAGCAGUCCAUGCUGACGUCACAGUACUGGUAUUAUAUCUUGGAGAUGAGCUUUUAUGGCUCUCUGCUCUUAAGCGUUGCCUUUGAUGUCAAGAGAAAGGACUUUAAGGAGCAAAUCAUCCACCACUUGGCUACACUGGUCCUCUUAUCAUUUUCGUGGUGUGUCAACUACAUUCGUAUAGGAACACUGGUCAUGAUUGUCCAUGAUGCCUCUGAUGUUUUACUGGAGUCUGCUAAAUUAUUCAACUACGCCAAGUGGGAGAAAACCUGCAAAAGUCUUUUUGUUCUGUUUGCCAUGGUGUUUAUGAUAACACGACUGAUCAUCUUUCCAUUCUGGCUGAUCCACUGUACCUGGGUCUACCCCAUUCACCACUACCCUGCCUUCUUUGGCUACUACUUCUUCAAUGUGAUGCUGGUGAUUCUUCUCUGUCUGCACAUAUUCUGGGCCUAUCUCAUUCUCUGCAUGAUCAGAAAAUUCAUGUUUGGCACUCUCACCAGAGAUGAGAGAAGUGACAAUGAAGAAGAAGAGGAAGAGGAAGAGAGCAGCCUAGCAGAGGACGAAAGUGAGGAAGAGCACAAGCUUGGCAAUGGUUUGGCAGUUGGUGAGGAGGACAAGAAUGGCAGCUACUGCUUAUCUCCACCAGAGAACAUCUGCCAAUCAAAGAGUGUGUGCUGACUCAUGCUCAGUAUGAUCAGUGGAGCCGAAGAUGUGAGAAAUAGGACAAUGGUAAAUACAUGAAAUCUUAUUUGACAGAAAAAUGAGCUAAAUGUGAUUUAUUUCUUCAGAUGCUGGAACACAGUCAUCGCUUUGAACUACACACAUGUACAGUGACAGGGACUUUGAGAUGUUUCUGGCUCUUUCCCUGCUCCUCCCAACAGUAUUGUCAGUAGCAGUGCUUCAUUGCCCUGCAAGUCAAAAGAGACCAGCAAACCAGAUAAGCAAACUAAGCACAAUCCUGACUGUGUGCUCACCAUUUAAUUUGUUCUUUACUGUUUGUGCAGUGCAGAGCUGGUAUGCUAGAGAACAUUCCUUUAGCUGCUUCACCUCACUGUUUCAUCCAUCAAGUCCUGCUGGCUUUUUUAUUUAAAACCUCUGUUGGCUUGCACCACUUAUUGAUGGUCACACCUCACCUUCAUGCACAACUGGAACUCUUUGCACAGUAUGGUGUAUAAUGGUCUGUGUUUAAAACUACACUGACCAACCUUUAUUGAAAAAAAUCACACCUCACUAUUUAAAAGAAACAAAAUGGAGAAACAUUGUAACAUCACAAUGCACACAUUUGUAUGGUGUCUUCUAAUUAUUCCCAUGAAUAAGUGGACAAAUAGGCAAAAUGUGAUGCUUUGAUCCAUUAAAACACUGAGUUUGAUUAAACAUUUUCAUCCACCUAAAGCAUUCAUUUGGGAUCAAUUCAUUGUAGUCAGGGGAGAAAAUUAAUAUAUUUUCAUGUCUUUGUGUCCAGCACAGAGAUGAACUCUAUUGUAAUUUCAUAGCAGUGUAGCUGUAAGGGUCAGUGUGAUAUACAGUACACCGAUCAGCCAAAACAUUAAACCACUGGCGGGUGAAGGGAUGGAUGGGACACAAGACCUCUGGGCGCCCCCUGUGGAGUCAGGCACAGGGGCAUUAACAGUGGAUCCUUUUAGUCUUGCGGGUUGUAAUGUGGGGUGCCAAGGCGUUCCAUGGAUGCUUAAUCAGAUUGGUAUCAGGGGAAUUUCAAGCCCAGAUCGACACCUUGAGCUCUUUGUCAUGCUCCUCGGGCCAUAUCUAAACAGUUUUUAUGGUGUGGCAUAGCAAGUUGUCCUGCUGGAGGGCCGCUGCCUCUGGGGAGUGCUUUUGCAAUGAGGGGGUGUACUUGGUCUGCAACAGUGGUGGAUAGAGUUUGUCAGGUGGCACCCACAUGAAUGCCAGGAUCCAAGGUUUCCCAGCAAAACAUUGCAUUGUAACAAGAUGAUCAAUGUUAUUCACUUUACCUGUUAGUGGUUUUAAUGUUUUGGCUGAUGGGUGUAGAUUUUGUCAUCUCUUCAUUUCUGCAAAGGCCUCACUGCCCAAAAUGUAUGACCACUUGGACUGUAUGCAUCAACUGCUCAUGUGUGGAACAUGUGGGAGUAUACAGAUGCUAGGGGUAGUAUAAACGGAACUUCAUUCGCUGUCUGUUCUACUGACUUAAGUGUUAGGGUACCCCUUCUUCGCCAAAUCGACUCAGGGAGGAGGUCGGGGUUAAUGGUUUCAUCAAAAAAACAUAAGAAAGAAAGUCAAUUUAACCAAAAUUAUAAUCUUUCCUUAAAUCAAACCUUACCAACAGCAGAUAUAUUGUUCAGCAGUCAUUUGUAAUGGUUUUUGAAGGUGCCAAGAAAUUGAUGUUGCCUUGCUGAUGGGGGGGUCAGAUCAGAAUGCAUUUGAAUGUGUUGUUCUUGAGAGCAUCUACAAACUAUAUAUUUUGUUGUUUCAUUUGGCAUACUUGUUGGACGACUUCUGUGCUGGCUGAACAUCACAGAAAUAUCCUCCUAAGACCCUGUGUCUUCAUAUGAGGGCAUGACAUUUUGGGUGUACUUGCCCUUAUACUUCAUUUUACUUAACUUGGACCUUUUAUCCUUAUUUAUGGACACUUUUUUGUGCCAUCUAGUGAUAGUAAGAGCACAAUACACUAAUCCAUGUAAAAACAAGAUGGCAGCCAACUCUACCAAGUCAGUUUACAGUUGAUCCCGACAAAAAGUGUACAAGAUCCAAACCUGAUCACAUUUUAUUGUUGAAACUUGUUUAGUUAUGAUUAAUAAUGACUCCAGUUUGAUAUAGAAACAAAUUUGACCAAUUUUAGCAACAGUAACAAGCUAAAACACUUGGAUUAGGAAGACAUUGGGACUUUAUUAUUGUCUUGUUUGAGGACAUUGGGACUUUAUUGUUAUCUAGCUUAAGGACAUUGGGACUUUGUUGUCUUGUUUGAGGACAAUGGGACUUAAUUAUCAUUGACAAUGUUUAGUUUUUAUACUUACUGACUCCUACUGAUUCGAAAUAGCUAGGAGAGAUCAAAAAAGCAUACCAAACAAAGGUUCGGGUCUCAGGAGGUUCAAAUAACAAAUGUUUGAUGUUUUACAGCACAUACUGUAUAUCAGCAUACUCUUUAUUCUUGCCUAAAAUCACUAAUACUGUGCCAAAGACUUAAAUGAAGUAUUUGUUAUUGCUUUGCAUACUUUUCUGGAGAACAGAAAGGAAAAAUGGCCAUAGAUAUAUUGGAAAUUGUGCAUAGAAUUAUGUGUGUUGACUGAUAGUGUUGUCGGUUAAGUCACUAGGAGUCAUGUGCACAUUAACAUUAACAUUUAAAGUUAAGUUAAAUUUAAAAAAAAAAAAAAGUUGUUGUGUUAUGCGAAAUGCAUUCAUUCUUGCUUUUUCAUUCAAAUGUUUGUUUUAAUCCAUAGCAAAUUUGGUACUGUCAGAUCCAGCAUGUUGACUGAAUUGUCACAAUUUUGACUUUUUUUUCUUUCUUUUUUUUGGAUGAUUACUCAUUGUUCUCAUGGGAUAUCUGUCCUUUUGGGUUGUAAUUCCACUGAUUCCCACAGGGUGGUGGUCAUCACCCUGCUGUGUUCUGUCUUAUGAAUCACAAUCAGGCAGCUGAUCACAUGUACAACAGAAAAAAGGAAACAAUAUCUGACUGGCUUGGAUGUUAAUGUCCUCUUCAUGACUGAGUGAGUGUGAUUACAAAUACAUCUUUGAAAAUGUUAGAAUAGUGCUUUAUGUAAGUGUAACAAUUACCAAAUGUGACACAGUCAAGCCUGCAUCAGCAGGCAGAUGUAAACCAAUGGAGAAACCACCCCUUCAAUUUCAUAUCUUAUAAUCUCCCAAGGCAUUAAUAUGAUUAUUAUAAUUAAGGUAAACUGGACAUGUGAUUUUGCAGUGAGUGAAAUUAAUGGACCAUAAAAACAAGUGAACUGAUCUUUAACAAACCAGAGGUAGAAACUCAACGUUAGAGGCUGAGAUAUACUUACUAGUACAUUAGUGCCUUUUGUUAGAGCCUUCCUGAUUGGUGAAGAUCCUCAUCUGGCAAACUCGACAUCUGAAGUUUCUAACGCAGGUUUCCUGUUAUAAAUAAGCCCAAGCUCCUCCAGAACCGCAGAGGACAUUGUUGAACUGCUGUCAUAGGAUGGCUGAAUAGCACUAAUCAUGGCAAAUAAACUGAUCUUCAUGUGUGAUCUGUUUGCAUUUAACAGAUUAAUUUAGGGUAUAUUUAAGUGGCCGGGCCUUACACUUGAAAGGGAAGGUGAGAUGUGACAUGAAGCAGUUUAAGAGCUAAACUCUGUAUUAAGUUUUGAGUACACAGAACAUUAACAUGGCCUUCCUCUGAACAGAGAACUGAAGGCAUUGCUUGUGUUAAUAAGCACAAUAUAGUAUACACUCACUAAAAGUAUGGUUACACUGUUUUGCUUUUUACAACCCCUUAGUUCCCAAAAAGUUGGGAGGCUGUGUAAAACAUAGAUAAAAACAGAGUUCAAUGAUUUGUAAAUCCUCUCUGACCUAUAUUCAAUCUGAAGACAGUACAGAGACAAGAUAUUUAAUGUUCAAACUAAUAAACUUUAUUAUUUAUUUAUUUUUUUUAAUAAAUGUGCAGUGUUGGAAAGAUAACUUUUGAAAUGUAAUAGCUGACAGACUAGUAGCUACCCUCUUAAAAAUAUAAUAAGUAAUUUAACUAUUUAAUUACUUACUUCAUCAAAGUAAUGUAUCUUAUUACAAUUGAUUACUUUUUGAUAGCUUUUCUAACAAAUGUUUUAAACUAGGCAAUAACGCUGAAAAGUCCUAAAAUUAUUACUGCAUAAAUGUUGCUCUCAAACUUUUGCUGAUCUGUGUUAUGCAGAAUUAUGCCAAAAAAAGGCAUUCCUACAUGACACAAAGAAGCACCAAAAUAAAUGCUAUAAUCUGCAUAUGAACUUUUUACCAAAAAGAAUAUUUUUGGAUGUAGCCCGUUUGUCAUCACCAACAUUCUGAUUAGUAACUUUUUCUUUCUAAGUUUAACUGAUUAGAAUUACAUUCAUUUUGUAAUUUAAUUACAAAACUCUGUUACAUGUAACAAGUUACUUCCUCAUACUGAAUAUACACUCAUUCGGAAUUGGUUCAUAACACUCAAUACAUUUCCAGUAGGAGACAGGUCUGGAUUGCAGACAGGUCAGUCUGGUACCUGCACUCUUUUACUACAAUGCCAUGCUGUUGGAACAUGUGCAGAAUGUGUCGUAUUGUCUUACUGGAACUUCGCCCGGAGGACAUCCAUGAUUUCCAAGGACAGUUUGAAAUGUGGACUCGUCAGACCACAGCACUCUUUGUGUCAGUCCAUCUCAGAUGAGCUCAGGCUCUCAGAAGUUAUUUCCAGAUGUUGAUAUAUGGCUUUCACUUUGCAUGCUAGAGUCUGAACAUUUAUAGAUGCAGCGAUGAACUGUGUUUACUGACAAAGGUUUUCCACAGUGUUCCUGAGCCCAUGUACUAAUCUCCUUUAUACAGUCAUGUUGGUUUGUAAUGGAGUGCCACCUGAGGGGUCAAAGGUCAUGGCCAUUCAGUACUGGUUUUCAGCUUUGCCACGUACAUGCAUAGAUUUCUCUGAACCUUUUGAUAAUAUUACAGAUUGCAGAUGGUGAAAUCUUAAAUAUGUUGCAACUGAAAUGUUGUUCUUAUACUAAUGGACUAUUUGCCCACACAGUUUUUCACAGUGUGACAAUCCUUGCUUGUGAACAGCUGAGCCUUUCAAGGAUGCCCCUUUCAUACCCACUUAUGAUACUAUCACCUGUUACCUGUUUACCUGUGGAAUGUUUUUUGAGCCUUUCCAGUAUUUUCUUGUCCCUGCACCAGCUUUUGUGAAAU